GUUUUAACAUUGAAAUGUUAAUGGAAAACACCUCGGCUCGUUGAAUCGUUCAUCAUUUGAGAGAGCCACAUAUUGAGCCAAAGCUACACCAGCUUUAUAUUUUUGAAAUUGAUCUCUCGAUCUGUAGAAUUUAACCCUCUCUCUCUCUCUCUCUCUCUCUCUCUCUCCCAAAGCAAAAUCCCAAAAAGAAAGAAAGAAAAAUGUCGAGCGAUAGCGAUGAUCUCGACGAGGACGAGCUUCUCCAGAUGGCUUUGAAGGAACAAGCGCAACGAGAUCUCGAUUACACCAACACCAAUAGCAGCAACAACAACAAGAAGCCAAGGAAGCCGGUGGUGAAUUACGUGCAGCCUCCGCCGCAACAACCGCCGAAGAAGCCGGUGGCGGCGAAUGCUAAUUCUAGGGCGGGGGCGGCGCGGAGAUUAGUGGUGGAGGAGGACGAUGAUUCGGAAGUGGAGAUGCUUAGUAUAUCUAGCGGCGACGAUGACUCCUCCACUAAAGAUCAGCAUCCUCAUCGCGGAUCGGGAGCCGGCGGUCGCGGCUCCCUGGCUCGGUCUAGGGAUGACGAUGUCGCCGCCGUCACCUGGGACGGCGACGAGCCUUCUUUCUGGAAACACGUCGACGAGGCCGAGCUUUCUCGUAGGGUUCGGGAAAUGCGGGAGACAAGAACAGCACCUGUGGCUCAAAAAUUCGAGCGGAAAGCAUCAGUAGUUGUUAGAAAGGGGUUUACCUCUUUUCAGUCAUUCCCUCGUGGCAUGGAAUGUGUUGAUCCUCUAGGAUUUGGAAUAAUAGACAACAAAUCAUUAAAGCUGAUCACCGACACAUCAGAAAGCUCUCCAACAAAGUUGGAUAAAGAUCCUUUGGAUAGCAGCCUUCGAGAGAAGUUGAUGUAUUUCUCUGAGAAAUUUGAUGCAAAGCUGUUUCUAUCCCGAAUUCACCAAGAUACAACUGCAGCAGAUUUGGAGGGUGGUGCUCUUGCUUUGAAGACUGAUCUCAAAGGAAGGACUCAACAGAGAAAACAAUUGGUUAAAGACAAUUUUGACUGCUUUGUCUCAUGCAAAACCACAAUUGAUGAUAUUGAGUCAAAGUUGAAACGAAUAGAAGAAGAUCCUGAAGGUUCAGGGACUUCUCAUUUGUUUAAUUGCAUUCGAGGAGUAAGUUUGCAGGCCAAUCGUGCUUUUCAGCCUCUAUUUGAGAGACAGGAUCAAGCUGAGAAGAUCAGGUCUGUCCAAGGAAUGCUACAGAGGUUUCGGACAUUAUUCAACUUGCCAAGUACAAUUCGUGGGAGCAUUAGUAAGGGUGAAUAUGACUUGGCAGUAAGGGAAUACAAGAAGGCGAAGUCAAUUGCCCUGCCGUCUCAUGUGGGAAUACUAAAACGCGUUCUUGAAGAGGUUGAGAAAGUGAUGAAUGAGUUCAAAAGUAUGCUUUACAAAUCUAUGGAAGAUCCACAAAUAGACCUCACAAAUCUUGAAAAUACUGUAAGGCUUUUGUUGGAGCUGGAACCUGAGUCAGAUCCUGUAUGGCAUUAUUUAACUAUACAGAAUCACAGAAUUCGAGGUUUGCUUGAGAAGUGCACCUUAGAUCAUGAGGCAAACAUGGAAACAUUGCAUAAUGAGAUCCGUGAAAGAGCUGUUUCUGAUGCAAGGUGGAGGCAGAUUCAACAAGCCUUAAAUCAGUCUUCAGAUGUUGACAAUUCUAGUAAUCUUGGGAACACCAAUCUUCUAGUCGAUUCUCAGCCAGUAGAUUUUUCCGGUGAAGAAGUCGAUGCCCUUAGAGGAAGGUAUAUCCGCAGAUUAACUGCUGUACUUAUCCAUCACAUACCAGCCUUCUGGAAAGUAGCACUUUCUGUUUUCAGCGGGAAAUUUGCUAAGUCUUCCCAAGUUUCCACUGAAUCAAAUGCUAACACUUCAGCAAAUAAAACUGAGGAAAAAGUUGGAGACGGGAAGUACUCAAGUCAUUCUCUUGAUGAAAUUUCCGGAAUGAUACGAAGUACGAUCUCUGUAUAUGAAGUCAAAGUUGUUAAUACUUUUCGUGAUCUUGAAGAGACAAAUAUUCUGCGAUCAUACAUGAGUGAUGCUGUAAAGGAAAUAUCUAAAGCAUGCCAAGCUUUUGAUGUCAAGGAGUCAGCUCCUCCUACUGCUGUUAUGGCACUACGAACACUCCAUUCAGAGACUACCAAGAUUUACAUUCUAAGGCUUUGUUCAUGGAUGAGGGCAUCAACUGAAGAGAUAUCAAAAGAUGAAACAUGGGUCCCAGUAUCAAUUCUUGAAAGGAAUAAAUCUCCAUACACAAUUUCUUUCUUGCCUCUAGCAUUCCGUUCAAUUAUGGGCUCAGCAAUGGAUCAGAUCAAUUUGAUGAUUCAGUCUUUAAGGAGUGAGGCUGCAAAGUCGGAAGAUAUGUUUGUUCAACUUCAAGAAGUUCAAGAAUCUGUUAGACUUGCAUUUUUGAACUGUUUCUUGGAUUUUGCUGGUCACCUGGAGCGCAAUGGGAGUGAGGUUGUCCAAAACAAAUCAAGCAAAGAAAUCCCUCAUUUACAAGAUGGAUACUCCCAUGCAUUAGAAGAAAAACUAUCAUCUGAUAUACAUGGAGGUGUUGUUGAUCCACAUCAACAGUUGUUGGUAGUCUUGAGUAAUAUUGGAUAUUGCAAAGAUGAACUUUCUUAUGAGUUGUACAACAAAUACAAACACAUCUGGCUGCAGUCUAGGGACAAAGAUGAACAGGACAGUGACAUACAAGAUCUGGUGAUAUCUUUCUCUGGGCUUGAAGAGAAGGUCCUUUCUCAGUAUACUUUUGCAAAGGCAAAUUUGAUCAGAACAGCUGCCAUGAACUAUUUGCUGGAUUCUAGUGUUCACUGGGGAGCAGCACCUGCAGUCAAAGGUGUGCGUGACGCAGCUGUGGAGUUACUGCAUACUCUUGUAUCUGUUCAUGCAGAGGUUUUUGCUGGUGCUAAGCCCCUCUUGGACAAGACACUUGGCAUUCUUGUGGAAGGGCUGAUUGAUACAUUUCUCAGCCUUUUCCAUGAAAACAAAACCAAAGAUCUUAGGUCACUUGAUGCAAAUGGUUUCUGUCAGCUCAUGCUUGAGCUUGAAUAUUUCGAGACCGUAUUGAAUCCAUAUUUUACACCUGAUGCAAGGGAGUCACUGAAGUCUUUACAAGGGGUACUUUUGGAGAAAGCUACUGAGAACAUGACUGAGGCUGUGGAGAAUCCAGGGCACCAUCGCCGGCCAACUCGUGGGAGUGAAGAUGCACUUGCAGAUGAUAGACAGCUAGGGAUGACUGUGUCACCAGAUGACCUGAUUGCUCUUGCACAGCAGUAUAGCUCUGAGUUACUUCAGGCAGAGCUGGAGAGGACUCGUAUCAACACAGCAUGCUUUGUGGAGUCAAUUCCAUUAGACUCGGUGCCUGAAGCUGCAAAAUCUGCUUAUGCUUCUCUCAGAUCAAUAGAUUCUCCCAGCAAAAAUUACAGAGGCCCACAUGCUACAGGAUCACCAAGUUUCUCCAGACACAGGCGCCGAUGAAAUAUUUUGUAACCUCAGUCUUUUAUUUUAUAUUUUCCAUGUGCAUGUGUAAGUGUUGUAUUGUAGUUCACUCAAUUUAAUUGAAUGAAAUUCAUAUUCUUUCCAUUUGUAUUUACCACCUAAGUUUUGCCCUUUCACUUUUGGCAGACAGCACAACGCUUUUUGUAUGUUGUUUGUGCCAUAAUUUUGGCAUUUUUCAAGGUCAUUUCAAUAAAAAUGCUUUUAGUUUGAAUA